AUUCCACCAUGGCUACCCCGAAACCUAUUCUGAAUGUGGAAAAUUUGGCCCUGACCAACAAGAAGAUAGCCGAACUGAAGAAAAAGGUUAUGCUGGCCGAGGGUCAGAAAAAAGCCUACACCGAGGAAUGGGCCGAUUCAAAAAAGUCCCAGAAUGAGAAGAUCAACGAGCUGAAGAAAGAAGUACGCGAUUUGACCAAUAAACUGUCCUACAUCUACAAUCCCAAUAGUGCAAAGGCUCAGAAAAACGUGCAGGAAAUCAAACGUCGAGUAAGUUUGCCACCGGGAGCGAAAACAGUGCAGGAAGCUCUUAAAAUCAUAGAUUUGAAAAUCAUUGACGUGAACAAGCAAGCAGACGCUAGCGAGGCUCGGUACAAGAAGCGAGAACUUUACUACAGGAAGCUAAUGGAGCAAUACAAUGCGUUGCUGGGUUACAAAAACUCCAAAGCCGAUGGCAAUAACCCUCCAGAAACGGUCGAAGAAGAUGCGAAUAGGAAAUUGAUAACCCAUCUGGAGAACGAAAUUCAUCGCACUUCGGUACAGUGGAUGGAAGCUGAACACAUAAGGAAGAAAUACCGUGGCAUUAAAGCGUCUCUGAUGCGAGACGCGGAAAAAUUUGAAAGCUCUCUGUUAGAACUGGAACAGGCAAUCACGGAACAGGGAGCAGAAAUAACAAAGCUAGAAGGCGUACACAAGGAAGCCAUUCAGAUGCGAGACAACACAAAAGCGAUUCUUCAACGACAGGAACAGACAACGCACUACGCCAACAAGGCUAGGGAGAAGCAGGCGCAGGAUUUCCGACGGCAGGUCGAGGAGCGUAAGGUGGAACUGGAGCGGUUGGAGCGGAAAAUUUUCUCCACCGGCAAGACGAUUGUGCACCAGGAGAGUGUCCUGUCCGCUUCUGGGGAUCAUGGCCCUCGCGGCGAGGGAGACGAACCGGACAAGGACAACGCCUCCGAGAUGGAGCAGAAGUUCAAGAAGCUGAUGCAGGCUACAGGUGUCAGCGCAGCGAGCGAGGUCGUCGAUCGGUUCCUCGCCCAACGGGAAGCGUCGGCCCGGCUCAACUAUCUCCGAACCGUUACCGAGAGCGAAAAGAAACAGCUGGAGGCCCAACGGGAGCUGAUGGGAGCCCAGCUGGACGCGUUCAAGUUCGCCGACGUCAAGGACAGCGAUGUCAAUCAGGAGGAACUGGAAAAGGUUAAAAACUCCAUCGAAGAGCAGAAUGCUCGCCGGGAGGAGUGUGAGAAAGCCAUCGACUACACGAAGAACGUAUUCAAUACCAUUAAGGACGCACUCGUGGAGCUGCUGUUGAAGCUGCGAGAAAUAGACGAUAGCAUGGAUACCCAGUAUUUCCGAAUAACUCCGACAAAACAAGUGGAUCUGAUGGAACUCUCGUCCGGGAACAUUUCGGUGGACGAGUUGGGGAACAUGUUGGAGGAGCGUAUCAAGCUGGGUAUGAUUGCCAGUGGGCAUCCGGGCCAGGAGGCUGUCGACAGUGGCCUUUCGGACGAGGAAAGUGAAGGUCCGCGGCCAUCGAGUGCGCUCCAAAUUCCAACUGCCAGCCCAUCGGUAGGAACAUCUUCGGUGCAGGAAGAUCGUGAGAAGCCACCGGCCUAUCCUCCGGUUUAUGUCAAUCUGAUUGCGGGCCGUACGACGGCACAGAUUUCAUCCGCUUCGCCAGGUCCUGGAGCGACCGUUGUCCUGUCGGAUGAUGAAGCGGAGGUGCCGUCGAGGAGUUACCUGAAACGUCAGGCUAACAUGAUCAUCGAGGCGAAAUCCCGUCGUAAGGGCUUCCGAAUGCCAGCCCAAAAGAGACGCUAAAUUGCCGUGAUAUUCACUGAACGAGAAGGAAGACACUCUAGCAGGGGUUAUUAAGUUAGGAUUUCUGUUUUUUGCUUUUAUUUCUCAUUGGUGCGAAACUUCCGUUCACGACUGGAAUCCGAAGUGGAUUUUUUGCUUGAAUAAUUUACAUACAGUUUCGACAUUAUGUUUGAAUUAUCAGAUUUAAUUUAUCGUUUGUGUUUAUCGAUCCCAAAAAUAUGGAAUCAUCUCCCAUCUCUCAUAGUUUGAUUAUUUAUUGUGUUAUACAUUAAUUAUACUUAUAUACUUUUCAUAAAAGACUAUACGACCAUGUAGUUUUCGUUUGCGGUGAAACUUGUUUGGCUAGGUUGGUCAAACGAUUAAAAGCGAAAAAUACACCUUCCUACUACCUAAUUGGUAAUCCGUUUGUCUAGAUAUAAAAAAAAAACAUACAUUCAAGUGUUUUUGUCAUACCCCACAAAGUUCAACAGAAUCUAUCUAUAAUCGAAUAAUGAAAUAUAAAAUCGAAUUUCCUUUUCCCCGCGGUAGGUGGGAGCGUUUUUUGAGUUUUGAACCCCAAACUUCACCAACAGAAGUUAGAUUAUGUUUUUUUUGUUUGUUAAAAGGAAAAAGGAAACUACAAUAAUUUAAACAACAUCUAAUCUAAUUUGUUUUAGGGCAGCCUUGCGAUCGACACAACAAUUUGUGUGCAUUGUGACUUUCGAUAGAUAUAAGAAGGUAAAAUCCAUAUAAUCAAAUAAAGUAUAUCUAACUUCGUUCCACAAUGGAAAAAAGCCUUAACUUUUGGGGUUUAUUGUCCCGGAAAGAAAAUAAAUCGAUGCUUUUUGCUUCGUACUAAAUUUGUGUUGCUAAUAUUUUAAAUUUCUACAAUGGUUAUUACUUAAAUUUAACUACUGUUUCUCGGGAUAAU